AAUGGAGGCGUUUCUAGAUAGAGAUGCAGAAUACGACGGCGUUUUGAUGUGAUGGUCUGCAAUCCCAAAGCCAUUGGAUUCCGCCAUUGAUGUCUAACUGGCAUUCUACACAGAAGUUCGAUUCCAUCAAUGGAUUCUUGCGUCAUUGUUCUCAAACUAAGAAUGUGAGAGGCAUUAAGAAGCUUCAUGCUCAUCUACUUAGAACAGGCUUGCUCUUCAUCUCCCUUAGUUUUCAGAGCAAACUCAUCUUCACAUACACCACAUGCCUUCAUAGAAACAACUCUAAAACCUUCACCACCUUGCUCAACUGCAUCAACUCCACAGACCCAUUGCCCUUCAAUAUGAUUCUAUCCGAUUAUUGUCGAAGUGGGUUUUCUUUUUUGGCUCUGCAAACCUUCUCUUUCAUGCAUACCAAUGGGGUUCCUUUAGAUACAUAUAGUUUUUGUUGUUCUUUAGUGGCUUCCUGUUCCAUGAAAAACGUUAAAUUUGGUGCACAGAUACAUGCCCGUGUUGAAAAAUCAGGCUGGUUGUCAAGUGUUUUUGUGGGUAGUGCUCUGGUUGAUAUGUAUGCUAAAUUGUCGCUUAUCAAUGACGCAGCAAUGGUGUUCGAUGAAAUUCCUGUCAAGAACACUGUUUGUGCAAAUGCACUAUUAUCAGGUUAUGGUGAGGCUAAGCUGUGGGUUGAAGGGCUUGACUUCGUUCGAAAGAUGCGUUCAUUGAAUUUGAAUUGUGAUCAUUUCACGUUGUCAGCAAUGUUACGCUCAUGUGCUGGUCUGUCCGCAAUUGAAUUGGGUAGGCAGGUUCAUGGGAGUGUGAUCCGUAAGGUUUCUGAUGUGGAAGCUGAUGUCUUUUUGCAGAGUUCUUUGAUUGAAAUGUAUGGUAAGUGUGGCUCAGUGGAGAAGGCUUGGCAAGUCUUCAAUUUGGCAGGCUUUGGAUACAAGGGGGAGAGAAAGAGAGAUGUUGUUCUGUGGACCUCAAUGCUUGCUGUAUGUGGUAGAAAUGGGCAUUUUGAAAAAGUAAUUGAGUUGUACAAAGAGAUGUUGAGGGAAGGGAUAAGGCCAGACGGGGUGGCAUUUGUGACUGUAAUCUCUGCUUGUGGACACACUGGCCAUGUGAAACUUGGAAUUAAGUAUUUUGAGUCCAUGGUCAGUGAUUUUGGAUUGGAACCUGGCCCAGAGCAUUACAGUUGUGUAGUUGAUUUGCUUUGCAGGGCUGGUGAGUUGGAGAAGGCAUGGAAGAUGGUGAAUGAGAUGACACCUAAAGAGAAUGGCAGUUACAGUAUCUCAAUGUGGGGGGCUUUGCUUAAUGCUUGCAACGAAUUUGGAAAUGUUGAAUUGGGUAAAUUGGCUGCUCACAAGGCACUUGAGAUGGAUCCUCAUAAUGUCGGGAUCUAUGUUCUGUUAUCAAAUAUGUAUGCUAAAUUCAGUAUGUGGGAUGAGAUUGGGCAGUUGAGGGAGUUGAUGAAGGAAAGUGGUUUAAAGAAAGAUGUUGGAUGCAGUUGGAUAGAGAUUACAAGUUGAAUUGAAGGAAACUUGGCAGCAAAUGAAAGUACUUAUUUUAAUCUGGGCUGGAGGUCCUAGAAUCUACAUAACAUUGAAGACAUCAGAUUCCAUUCUUAACUUACUGCAGGCUUAUUCAUGUCUUAAAUUGCUAGUGAUUAAAUGAUUGCAAAUCAUUGAAGAGUUCGAAUAGGGAGGGCCAGGAAGGUAUAGAAUUGGCUCUGCAUUUCCUGAUAAGAUGGCUCUAAGAAUUGCCUGCUGGGUACCUUCAGGGCUGAGCCUCGAAUUGUUUGGUUACACUGAGAACAAAGACACAACUUCAUGAGGCAAAAAUCUCAGCAUACACUUUUCUUGUAGCUGCUCAAGCAUAAGAGGGCAGAUAAUUUCUCGGUAUAAUGAUGUAUAAGGGAAGUUGCCCUUCAUAUGCUCUUCAAUACAGCUCACUACAAACCGCUAUUUUCUUUUCUGGGAAGGCGGUAGGUGGUGAAACUUGAAUACUCAGAAGACUCAGAACCAUUGAAAUGAAGCUCCAUAAGAUGGUUGAGGAAUUCCCCAACCCAAUAGCAAGGGAGUCGAUGGAGGUCAUCAAGGAAAUUCUGUUUUUGUUGCUGCAACAAAAUGGGUGA